GUCGAGGAUUUAGUUGCGACUGGCGGCGGCCCGAUUGUGCGAGAAACUUCCAACAUGAACGGCAACGUGGUAGCUGACUUAGAGAACCUGAUCUUGACGGAGGAUAAGGCAUGAAUUUCGAAACUUUAUACACGACUCGAACGUAUCUCGUUUUCCGAGUGUAUUGUUAAACUAUGUUGACGAGUUUACGUUUUCACAUUUGUAGGACCGUUUACGGCGGUACUAAGUGGACACAUGCUCGGGCGAAGUCGCUGAAGGCGAAGAAGAAAAAUGCUGGUGCAAUGGAGAAGUCGAUAUCUGAGCUUAAUCCUUGGCCGUCCUACAUUCAGGACCGCAUUGUAUUGUGGGAUAAAUUAAAAAAGGAAUACGAUGAUGCAGUGGCAGCCAAGACUUCUGUAGAUAUAACUGUAACUCUUCCUGAUGGCAAAGAGGUACCUGCUCAAUCCUGGCGUACAACUCCUUAUGAUGUUGCAAAAAGUAUUAGUCAAGGAUUGGCGGAUAAUAUUGUAAUAGCAAAAGUCAACAAUGAAUUAUGGGACCUUGACAGACCGUUGGAGUAUGAUUGCAAGCUCCAAUUGCUAAAAUUUGAUGAUCCGGAAGGUCAGCAGGUGUUUUGGCAUUCCAGCGCUCAUAUCCUCGGAGAAGCUAUGGAAAGAGUAUAUGGAGGUUGUCUUUGUUAUGGUCCUCCUAUUGAAAAUGGCUUUUACUAUGAUAUGUAUCUGGGCGACAAGGGCAUUUCUAACAUGGAUUUUCCAUAUUUGGAAACUCUGUAUAAAACGAUAGUAAAAGAAAAGCAGCCGUUUGAACGGCUAGAAAUGACGAAGGAGGAUCUCUUAGAGAUGUUCAAGUACAACGAGUUCAAAGUACGGAUUAUAAACGAGAGGAUACACACGCCUACUACCACAGCUUACAGAUGCGGUCCAUUGAUCGAUCUGUGCAGGGGACCGCACGUUCGACACACGGGGAAGAUCAAGGCCAUUAAAGUCACGAAAAACUCGUCCACAUAUUGGGAGGGAAACGCUAACGCAGAGUCGUUGCAAAGAGUGUACGGAAUAAGCUUUCCGGAUACCAAGCAAUUGAAGGAAUGGGAAAAGUUCCAGGAAGAAGCGGCUAAACGGGAUCACAGGAAGAUCGGAAAGGAGCAGGAAUUAUUUUUCUUCCACGAGCUUUCGCCGGGUUCUUGUUUCUUCCAACCGCGCGGCGCAUACAUAUAUAAUACUCUGGUCGAGUUCAUUCGCUCCGAAUACAAAAAGAGAGGAUUCCAAGAAGUGGUUACUCCGAACAUCUUCAACAGUAAACUAUGGCAGACCUCAGGACACUGGCAGCAUUACGCGGAGAAUAUGUUUUCCUUCGACGUGGAGAAGGAGACUUUCGCACUCAAGCCCAUGAAUUGUCCGGGCCAUUGUAUGAUGUUCGACGUUCGUAACAGAUCAUGGCGCGAAUUGCCGCUCAGAUUCGCGGACUUCGGCGUAUUGCAUCGCAACGAACUGUCGGGCGCGUUAACGGGUCUCACGAGAGUAAGACGAUUCCAGCAGGAUGACGCGCACAUGUUUUGUUCGAUCGAUCAGAUUAAAGAUGAGAUAAGUGGCGCCCUUGACUUCCUGCGACAUGUUUACUCCGUUCUUGGUUUUACGUUCAACUUGUGCCUAUCCACGCGACCCGAGAAGUUCCUGGGUGAUAUAGCAGUCUGGGACGAGGCCGAGAAAGCGUUGGAAGACAGUCUGAACGCAUUCGGUCAGCCAUGGAUCCUUAAUCCUCAGGACGGCGCAUUCUAUGGGCCCAAAAUUGAUAUAACUCUCCUGGACGCGCUUAAAAGGCCUCAUCAAACCGCUACAAUACAGUUAGAUUUCCAACUGCCAAUUAGAUUUAAUCUGUCAUAUGUUAACGAAGCUGGAGAGAAAACCCGUCCUGUUAUCAUACACAGAGCUAUCUUGGGCUCUGUAGAACGUAUGAUUGCGAUAUUAACCGAAUCGUACGGCGGCAAAUGGCCGUAUUGGCUCUCCCCGCGACAGGCAAUGGUUGUGCCGGUAGCGUCGCAAUUCGACGAUUACGCUCACGAAGUGAAACAAAAGCUCUGGGAUGCGGGCGUUAUGAUUGAAAUCGACACCGAUCCAAGUGAUACUCUGAAUAAAAAGAUUCGCAAUGCUCAACUGGCACAAUUUAACUUUAUACUCGUUGUGGGAGAGAAGGAACGUAACGCUGGCACAGUGAAUAUAAGAACGAGAGACAACGUAGUACACGGCGAAAUGGCGGUGGACGAGUUAAUUGCGAAGUUGAAAAUCUUGAAAGAAACUAGAGAUCAGAGCGGUGAAUUGAAAUCUUAAUUCGGCAAUACUUAUUAAGAUGAAUUUAUUUAUUUUUAGAUAUUGCACAAUAUCUUGAUAAAUCAAGAAUAAACUUAUGAUGAUGUGGGUCAAUUUUUUUUCAUAGUAAAUUAUUUAUUUCUGCAUUUAAGAAAAUAUACUUUCUUGAUCUUUCGUAUGCUGAUUAUUCUCUUUCUGCAAAUAUGAAGAUUAAAUGAAGGAUAUUAUGUGAAGGAUAUUUAAAUGUACUUUACACAAUAUACAGCAUUUAUAUUUAUAGCAUAAAUGUGAUUAAAAUAUUUAAUCAUUCUUUGUACACAUUGUAUCCUACAAUAAUAUAACGAUUAAUAAUUAAUGUUUCUACA